AUGGCGGCGCCGGCGGCCUCCGCGCCGCCCAAGAAGAUCGUGGCGCCCACCGUGUCGCAGAUCAACGCCGAGUUCGUCACCCAGUUAGCAAAUAAAUACUGGGCUCCGCACGUGAAGAAAAAAUUGUGCUUUGAUUCAAAGGUUAUUGAAGAUGUAUAUACAAAAGAAAUUGUCAAGUCAAAGUUUGCUAUUAGAAAAAUAAUGCUUCUUGAAUUUAGCCAGUACCUUGAAAAUUACCUAUGGAUGAAUUAUUCUCCAGAGGUGUCCAGUAAGGCAUAUUUAAUGUCAAUCUGCUGUAUGGUGAAUGAGAAGUUCAGAGAGAAUGUCCCUGCGUGGGAGACAUUCAAAAAAAAGCCAGAACACUUUCCUUUCUUCUUCAAAUGCAUAUUGGAAGCGUCGCUGGUUGAAAAUGACAGUGAAUUCUCUCUACACGAACAGACAGUCCUCCUGCUUUUCCUUGAUCAUUGCUUCAAUAGUUUGGAAGUGGAUUUGAUCAGAAGUCAGGUGCAACAGCUCAUUUCCUUACCAAUGUGGAUGGCUCUACAACCUAAACGACUGGAACAAGAGCUGAAAAAGACACCAAAACUAAGAAAAUUCUGGAAUCUAAUUAAGAAAAAUGAUGAGAAAAUGAAUGAAGAGGCAAGAAUGCAAGCAUAUCGGGAGAGAAGAUUUCUUUCACAGCUCAUUCAGAAAUUUAUUUCUGUGUUAAAAUCUAUACCUGUCUCAGGUCCUAUUUCUAUGGACAAAGUUCAUUAUUGUGAGAGAUUCAUUGAACUCAUGAUAGAUCUUGAGGCUUUGCUUCCCACACGACGCUGGUUUAACACAGUGUUGGAUGACUCCCAUCUUGUUGUUCACUGCUACCUAUCUAGUCUUGCCAAGAGAGAGAAGGAAGGUCAUCUCUUCUGCCAGCUUUUAGAUAUGCUUAAAUUCUACACUGGCUUUGAAAUCAAUGAUCAGACUGGAAAUGCUUUGACAGAGAAUGAGAUGACAACAAUUCACUAUGAUAGAAUUACUUCUUUACAGAGAACAGCAUUUGCACAUUUCCCAGAGUUAUAUGACUUCGCACUCUCAAAUGUAGCUGCAGUAGAUACUCGUGAUUCACUGGUGAAGUUAUUCGGACCCCUCAGCUCAAACACGCUCCACCAGGUGGCAUCAUACCUCUGCUUACUGCCUCCUCUUCCUGAAGGGAAUGACACUAGCUAUGAAAAGGACUUUCUGCUAGAGCUGCUGGUUUCCCGUCAUGAGAGACGAAUAUCUCAAAUUCAGCAACUCAACCAGAUGCCUCUGUAUCCCACAGAGAAGAUUAUUUGGGAUGAAAAUAUUGUCCCAACUGAAUAUUAUUCCGGAGAAGGCUGUCUUGCACUUCCCAAACUGAAUCUACAGUUUUUGACUCUUCAUGAUUACCUGCUAAGGAACUUCAAUCUAUUCCGCUUAGAGUCCACCUAUGAGAUCAGGCAGGAUAUUGAAGACAGUGUCAGUAGGAUGAAACCAUGGCUGUCAGAAUAUGGAGGCGUGGUUUUUGGUGGAUGGGCUAGGAUGGCACAACCCAUUGUCUCUUUCACAGUGGUGGAGGUUGCAAAGCCCAAUAUUGGUGAAAACUGGCCUAUGCGAGUCCGAGCAGAUGUCACAAUUAAUUUGAAUGUCCGAGAUAGCAUCAAAGAUGAAUGGGAAGGUCUCCGUAAACAUGAUGUCUGUUUUUUGGUUACGGUACGUCCCACACAACCUUAUGGCACUAAGUUUGACCGACGGAGACCUUUUGUUGAGCAAACUGGCCUGGUGUAUGUCAGAGGCUGUGAAAUCCAAGGCAUGCUGGAUGAGAAAGGCCGUGUUAUUGAAGAAGGACCUGAACCCAAACCUAGACUUAAAGGGGAUUGCAGAACAUACAGAGUAUUUCUGGACCCAAACCAGUAUCAACAAGACAUGACCAAUACAAUCCAAAAUGGAGCAGAAGAUGUCUAUGAGACAUUUAAUAUUAUAAUGAGAAGAAAACCAAAAGAAAACAACUUCAAGGCUGUUCUGGAGACUAUUAGGAAUUUGAUGAACACAGAUUGUGUGGUUCCUGACUGGCUGCAUGACAUCAUUCUUGGAUAUGGAGACCCAAGUAGUGCACAUUAUUCAAAAAUGCCAAAUCAGAUUGCAUCUCUGGAUUUUAAUGACACUUUCCUAUCCAUUGAUCACUUAAAAGCUAGCUUUCCUGGGUAUACUAUUAAAGUGACUGUUGACAACCCAGAUCUGCAAGUACCCCCCUUCAGGAUAACAUUCCCAAUACAGGGAGGUAAAGGAAAGAAACGAAAAGAAGAUGAUGGGAAUGAAGAAAAACCUGAAGAAACUAAAACGUUGAUUGUAGAGCCUCAUGUCAUUCCAAACAGGGGACCAUACCCAUAUAAUCAGCCGAAACGCAAUACUAUUCAAUUUACCCACACUCAGAUUGAAGCUAUACGAGCAGGAAUGCAGCCUGGGUUAACUAUGGUAGUGGGUCCACCUGGCACAGGGAAAACUGAUGUUGCGGUCCAGAUAAUAUCCAAUCUUUAUCAUAAUUUCCCAGAACAACGAACUCUUAUAGUUACUCACUCUAAUCAGGCCUUGAACCAGCUGUUUGAAAAAAUCAUGGCUCUAGACAUUGAUGAACGCCACCUCCUGCGUCUGGGUCAUGGAGAAGAGGAAUUAGAGACAGAGAAAGAUUUCAGCAGGUAUGGAAGAGUUAAUUAUGUUCUGGCUCGAAGACUUGAACUUCUACGAGAAGUUGGGCGAUUACAAGAGAGUCUUGGAGUCCCAGGAGAUGUUUCUUACACUUGUGAAACAGCUGGCCACUUUUUCUUAUACCAAGUAAUGUCUCGUUGGGAGGAAUAUAUCAGCAAAGUGAAAGUUAAAGGUGGAAAAUCACCAAAUGUUACGGAUGUGUCCAGUUUCUUCCCUUUUCACCAAUAUUUUGCAAAUGCUCCUCAACCAAUUUUCAAAGGCAAAUCCUAUGAAGAAGAUAUGGAGAUUGCUGAAGGCUGUUUUAGACAUAUUAAGAAAAUAUUCACUCAGCUUGAGGAAUUCAGAGCAUUUGAACUUCUCCGCAGUGGCCUGGAUAGAUCCAAAUAUCUGUUGGUGAAAGAAGCAAAAAUCAUUGCUAUGACUUGUACCCACGCUGCUCUGAAACGACACGACCUAGUUGAAUUAGGUUUCAAAUAUGACAACAUCUUAAUGGAGGAGUCUGCACAGAUUCUGGAGAUAGAGACCUUUAUACCUCUCCUGUUGCAGAACCCUCAGGAUGGAUUCAGUCGUUUGAAGCGAUGGAUUAUGAUUGGUGACCAUCACCAGUUGCCACCAGUCAUUAAGAACAUGGCUUUUCAAAAGUACUCCAAUAUGGAGCAGUCCCUCUUCACACGGUUUGUUCGUGUUGGAGUACCGACUGUUGAUUUGGAUGCACAAGGAAGAGCAAGAGCAAGUUUAUGUAACCUCUACAACUGGCGCUAUAAGAAUCUGGGUAAUCUGCCUCAUGUCCAGCUUAUGCCAGAGUUCAGAACAGCCAACGCUGGCUUUUUGUAUGACUUCCAGCUUAUAAACGUAGAAGAUUUCAAUGGUGUGGGAGAGUCUGAACCCAAUCCUUAUUUCUAUCAGAAUCUUGGUGAAGCAGAGUAUGUUGUGGCACUAUUCAUGUAUAUGUGCCUGCUCGGUUACCCUGCAGACAAGAUAAGCAUCCUGACAACAUACAAUGGACAGAAACACCUGAUCCGUGAUGUCAUUAACCAGCGUUGUGGAAAUAAUCCACUGAUCGGACGGCCAAACAAGGUAACAACUGUGGACAGAUUUCAAGGUCAACAAAAUGAUUAUAUCCUCCUGUCACUAGUGCGUACCAAAGCUGUAGGCCACCUUAGGGAUGUCCGACGAUUAGUCGUUGCCAUGUCAAGAGCCAGGCUUGGGCUUUAUAUCUUUGCAAGAGUAUCGCUGUUUCAGAACUGUUUUGAACUAACUCCAGCAUUCAGCCAGCUCACAGCUAGACCACUUCACCUCCAUAUAGUUCCCACAGAAUGCUUUCCAGCGACAAGACAGAAUGGAGAACGACCAUCUCACCAAAUACAUGUUAUUAAGAACAUGCCUCAGAUGGCUAACUUUGUGUACAACAUGUAUAUGCACAUGAUACAGAGUACACGCCACUACCAACAGCGUUUAUUGCCCCCACCUGCCAUGAUUGAAGAAGCUGAAGUGACUCCAACUCAAGAGACUGAAGCAGAAGUUGAAGUGCAAGGCAUGCAGGAAGAUGCAAAAGAAGAAAAUAAGGUAGAAGAAAUAAAGGAAGAAUUGAAAGUGGCAGAAGUGGCUGAACAUCGAACAAUGCCAGAACACCCCGGAAGAGACAGUGAUAGUGAAGACAGUGAACCUGAAGAUGAGACUGAAAAGUGAUCCAAGUGAUGUUUGUCCUCAUAUUUGUGUUCUGGAAAACAGAUGGGAAAAAGCAGUUAGAAAUACGAUUGCUAUUUUUACAUUGACUUUUUUAAAAAUGUUUCUUGUGUAAUGUGACCUUGUUUUGUGUAUUUUCACUGAAUACUUUGUGGACAAGCAAAAUGAUUGGCAAACAUUUUACUGAGUUUUUGUCAGUAAUGUAAUUUGUUUAAUUGCCUCAAAUGAUAUAAUUUCCUUUUCAUAAGUUUUCCAGUAAAGAUGCUUUUAUACAAGUUGUGAAUAUUUUUUUUAAGUCAUUGGUCUUUAAUUCAAUCACUGAGUUAUACUUUAAAAUUUACUGAUUAACUGUAUUCAGUAUUGACCAGACAGUCUUUGUAAUUUCCUUAAUAUUUUACGGUGGAUAAUUUCUUACACAGAACUGCACUUAUAUACACUGAGAUGGCAUUUUAGGCAUAGGCUCAAGUUCAGUAAGAUUUAAUUGCACAUAUGAGCAAUAUGAAUUACCAUGGGACUUUGAAAUUUUUAAAAAAAGCUUUAUUGAAUCAUUCCUUACACAAGAAGUAAAGAUGCAGCUUUUUAACAGCAUUAUUAAGUUAGUACUUUGAAAUAAGAUCUCUUUCAAGAGGACACAGGAUAAAGCCCUAUGAGGAAUAAACAUUAAAGUAGUUUACUGAAUGAAGGAUUUACAAAACACGUAAUACUGUUAUUAAAGACAAUGGUUGAGUGGGUUUUCUAGAGUAAUAUUCAAAUAUACAUCUUUCAUAAAGUGACAAGUGAAAGGUUUUGCCCUAGUUCAUUAACAAUAUCUACCAAUUUAGCAAAUUUUCCGGUGGUUCAAUAAGACUUAGGAAUUUCCAAGUUUGAUUUUCAAACAGAGGAGUAGCCAUAGGAACAUCUUUGACUGCUGACAAUGGGGAAAUACUUGGGUUUCAAGUAUUGUAGUUCUGAAUGCCAGAAGACUUUCCUCAUUGAAUGGAUUAGAGAUUCAUCAACCUACAUUAACCCAUUACUAGGACUUAAGGUCUUUAUUUUUUCUUAGUAUUUUUGUAGUAUAAUAAAAGAAAAAAGUAAAUGUAAGCCAAGCUUAAUGAAACACAUGUAUUAUAUAUUUGUGCACUCAUGCAGCUGCCUUGUGCACUCAUUUCACCUGCCUUUCCCCCAGGAAUUAUCCUCUGUCAGUUAGAGGGUAGUUCAGGAGUAACAAACCAUAACACUGACUAUUGGCACAUAGUAUUCAUUUUUUUUGGUUUGCUUUUCAUCUACUGCUGACCCAUCUCAGACAAGAAUACUCUUUUGAGCAGAUUUGUGUUCUUUCAUUGGUUGUUCUGUGUAGAAAUGAAGGUACUGCUUACUUCCAAACUGUUUGCCUUUGGAGGACAAGUAGCAGUCGGUGUUAGGGUGGUAAGCCUCAUGCAGUCAUGUUCACAUGUUCAAGCAGGGAUGAAUAAUACAGGGCCUUCAGGCAACAUGUGACAAACUCAGCUGACGGUUGUCAUCUUUGUUUUCCAAACCAUUUUCUAUAAAUAUGAGUCUGACAAUCACUUACUGUGCUCAGAGUUUUAGGAAACAAUGGUAAAGGAUUCUGGAAGUGGUUUUUUUUUCUAAAAUGGAUGAUUUAACUGGCAGGGAUUCUAUCAAUAAGCACAACGGAAAAAGCAACUAAAGCUGAAAGGGACUGCGAAGACAUUCUUGAUUGGUAUGUGGUUUGUGGUGAAAUCUUGCUGUUGGUCUGAGAGCACGCUGGCCUGUGUGAUGCUGCAUCCCAGGUGCAGGUCUGCGUAUGUGGUCCCUUCUGACUCACUACGUCUCUGUAGAACAGCCAGGUAUACGGUUAAAUUUGUUGACCUCAGUGUUGCCCUAAAAUGGUGAGUGGACUUGUGACAAAGAUUUUAUUGGCUAGUCCUUUCUGCCAUCUUCUGUACAUUAAACUUUACACUUUUCAGGGACAUGAAGGCAUUGGGAGAAUGCAUUUUCAGAGGCUUGGAAAAUAAUGUUUAUCAUGUAGCAGUGGUUGGAAAGUUCUUUAUAGAUUUGGAGGAUUAUUUUUUUAAAAAAAAAAAAAAAAAGGUUUUGUUUAUUAUUUUUUGGUAAAGCAUAAACUUACUGUUUUCAAGGAAAAUAUAUUUAGUCUUGAUUUUCUAUUUAAACUUUAUUAUGAAAAAGAGUUGGUGGGAGAAGUGGAAAUGUUAAUUUUGAUCUAUACACUGUUUUCCAAAGGCAAUGUUUGCUUUGACUUUAGCAUCCCCUUCUGAUGUCUGUAUCUUUAUUCCAGCAAACAACGAGGUCUAGACGUUAAUAAUGUAUUUAACUCCUGAGAUAAUUGAAAUUUCAAACAAAAAUCAUGAUAUGUAUAUGAAUUAUUUUUUUUAAGUG